GAAUAUCAAUAGUAAUAAUCGGUUUAAACAUGAAUAUUUAGCUCCAUGGUGAGAUAUUAGAUGAUUGCCAUCUAGAAAAAAUGUAGAUGUGAGCAUGAGGUGUGGGAGUGGCCUCAUGAAAUAUGAAAUGGAGUCGAGUCGAGUCUCGAGGUGGCUGUAUCAAUUUGAGCACCUCAAAAUAAUUCCAUGAAAAAGGGAAAAAAAUCCAAACAAAACCCAGAAGAAGUGAAACGUGGCGACGAUCCGCCACCAUAAUCGCCGCCAUGCUUGCUCCGCCUAGCAUAGCCACCUCCUCCGCCCUUCUAGCUCGCGUUCAACCACCAUUGCAUGAAGCCUUCACUCACUUCCCCAUCUCUCUCUCCAUUUCGCCACCACCACCACCACAUCCAAACUCGAGGAAAACCAAAAACCUCAUUUUCUCGCCAUCGGAGAAGUGCGCGGAAGAAAAUCAUAGCCGUCGUCAUCGCGAAUGAGCAACGAGGUGGCCGAGGAUGGGCUGCGGAAGCCCCUGCUGCACACUGGCAGCUGGUACCGGAUGGCGGGCCUCCGCCAGUCCAGCAUGAUGAGCUCCUCCGCCCAGAUCCUGCGCGAAUCCAUCUCAGUCUUUCUCUGUGUCUUGAUCGUCGCCCUCGGCCCCGUCCAAUUUGGCUAUACCUGCGGAUAUUCUAAUCCUACGCAAUCCGAUAUCAUUACUGAUCUUGGCCUCACUAUUUCUGAGUUUUCGGUAUUUGGUUCGUUAGCAAAUGUUGGAGCAAUGGUUGGUGCAAUAGCAAGUGGCCAAAUUGCGGAAUAUAUGGGAAGAAAAGGGUCGCUGAUGAUUGCUUCGAUUCCCAACAUCAUUGGUUGGCUUGCUAUUUCAUUUGCAAAAGAUUCAUCAUUCUUGUUUAUGGGGAGGCUGCUGGCAGGGUUUGGCGUGGGCAUAAUCUCCUACACGGUGCCAGUAUAUAUAGCAGAGAUAUCACCUCAAAACCUGAGAGGAAGACUCGGAUGUGUGAACCAGCUUUCAGUAACAAUUGGAAUAAUGCUGGUAUAUGUGUUGGGCCUUUUUCUACCAUGGAGAGUUCUCGCGGUUUUAGGAAUUCUGCCAUGCACAAUCUUGAUACCUGGUCUGUUUUUCAUUCCCGAAUCGCCUCGUUGGUUGGCUAAGAUGGGCCUGCACGAAGAUGCUGAAACUUCUCUACAAGUUUUACGGGGAUUUGAAACAGAUAUCACAAACGAGUUAAAUGAAAUUAAGAAAUCUGUGGCUUCAUCGACUAAGAGAACUGCCAUUCGGUUUUCAGAGCUCAAGAGAAGACGCUAUUGGUAUCCCUUGAUGGUGGGAAUUGGACUACUUGUACUCCAGCAACUAAGUGGUAUUAAUGGCGUUCUUUUCUAUUCCAGUAGCAUAUUUCAAUCUGCGGGGAUUUCAUCUGGUAAAGCAGCAACAUGUGGGAUUGGGGCUAUUCAGGUCAUUGUUACUGGAAUAUCCACAGCUUUGGUAGACAAAGCAGGUCGCAGGAUUCUUCUUAUAGUGUCCUCCUCGCUAAUGACUGCCAGCAGCCUCCUCGUUGCAACUAUGUUCUAUUUACAGGAGAUUUUACCUGAAAAGUCUCAUUCUAUCAUGCAAGUAUCGGCAUUGGUUGGAAUUUUGAUUAUGGUGAUUGGUUUUUCUGUAGGACUUGGAGCUGUACCGUGGGUUAUAAUGUCCGAGAUUCUUCCUAUAAGCAUUAAAAGCCUUGCUGGCAGUGUAGCAACAUUAGCAAAUUGGUUGUCAGCAUCAGUGGUUACAAUGACGGCUAACUUACUCUUAACUUGGAGCAGUGGAGGGACGUUCGUCAUUUAUGCAUCUAUAUCAGCCUUUACUGUAGCAUUUGUGGCCUUGUGGGUUCCUGAAACCAAAGGAAGAACACUAGAAGAAAUUGAAGGUUUUUUUAUAUGAUAAUGUUUGCAACUACUGCUAUUAUUUGAUGUCAAAAUGGUUUGUUUGUUUGUUUA